UUACUUCCGGAAACACAUCUAAGCAUUAUGGGAUUUGCAGUUCUACUAGCAGGUCGCUAUGGAAAUAAAGUGACAACAUCCAACUCAGCUCUGCUCUCUGUCACAGCAUCUUCCUGAAGGCACAACAAAAAGUGCCUUGAGCCAAUCCAUGAGGGAAAGAGUGCAAGAUACUAAGGCUUGUCAAUAUGACACAUCUCUUAGGACGUCAGGACUGCGUUGAAAGCCUCCGGAGAGAUUUAAUAGAUCUUCAAGGUGCUGUUCUCGAUGUCUUCUCUAGGACAGGCCCAGUUCGAUUCCCCUCCUGGAAGUUCCCAGAUAAGCUUUCAUGCAAUCUGGACCUGGUGUCGCUAUUAGAACAAUACGACUUUGUUGAUGGGGAAGAGGAAUUCAAUCAGCAUUCACAUAUUGUUUUGCUGGAGUUGGUGAUUGACAGGUAA